AUGUCCUUUGUAGACCUCAAACACAUUCCCUGUCCCAAGGGAGAGCAAUGCACAGCUUUCAUGUGCCUCUUCCAGCAUAAAGCAGACAGGGAUAAGAUGGCGGCACCUUCAGCACCGGCACUCAACGCGUCAGGAACGUCGGCAAAAGGGUCGACUGAUACCACGACGGAUGCAACCCGGGAUGGCCCUCGAAAACGUCUGAAAGUUGCCCAAGACGUCAGAAACCCCGCCGAUUCUACAAGUCUUCCCACUCCUGUCAAAACGACCUCAAAACAAGACGUUACCGCACCAAGACCAGAUGACACUCUGUCACCUGUCGCUCGGCCCAUAUCACCUCCACCUUUAAAGCACACUCCUUCUACUCCAUCCAAGACCGACCCUCCUAAGAAGAUCAGGAAGGCCGAGGCUCUCAACCCUCGUUUACUCAAGUCAUCACCAGCAAAGUUUGAGAUCCGAUUCAAGCUAGUGCAACUGCUACAUGAACAAUACGCUCGCCUGAAUAACGAGCUCAAGAAGACUGCCAAAGACGCAGAAGAGAAGCAGCUCCUUCUUACAGAUCAAGAUCUCAUUUGGAAAGUCCUUGACGAAGAAGAAUCCACGGCGAUAGAGAAAGGCGCCAUCUACUCAAACGUAAUCAAAAACAAAAUCAUGCAGUACAAAAAGAUGACCCUCCUUCAGUGGAAGGAGGAGAGAGUCGCUCAACGCCGUCAGAUGACCCAGAAAGGCCCUCACAACAAGACCUCUGCCCCUCCCAAGAAGAUUGUGACGGGCUUGACCCCGGCCCAGGAAGUUCAGCUUGUCCGCCAACUCAUCACCCCCAUCGACGGCCUUGCCGCCCACGGCUACGUCUCAUCUGUCCCUGCCGAGGCCGACAUCCAGAAGGCCCGUGAGGGUCUUGAUGCUGCAAAGGGUUGGGAGAAGUGUGAUCGCUGCGACAAGCGCUUCCAGAUGUUCCCGGGAAGAAGAGAAGAGGAUGGAGCUCUCGCCUCUGGUGGCAGUUGUACCUUCCACUGGGGCAAGACCUACUUCCCCGAGCGCCAGUUGGGCGAUAGAUCCCAGCAACCCAAACGCUACCGAUGCUGUGGACAGGCCGUCGGAGACUCUGCCGGCUGUCACUCCAACGCUCACCACGUCUUCAAGGCAUCGGAUCCCAAGAGAUUGGCUUCCGUUCUCAACUACGCCGAGACGCCUGCCAACCCCAAUGCUCCCACCGACAGAGCUGUUGGCUUCGAUUGCGAAAUGUGCUACACGGUUCAUGGUCUUGAGCUCAUUCGCCUCACUGCAACAUCGUGGCCUAAUGGAGAGGAGCUAUUGGACGUCCUCGUUCAACCCAUUGGUGAGAUCCUCGAUCUCAACUCGCGCUACUCGGGUGUGUGGCCUGAAGACAUGGCAUCCGCCGAGCCCUGGACUGCAAAGGAAGAAGAUCCAACACCUGCCCAGGCGAAGAAGAUGUCGAGCCCCAAGAAGACCAAGAAGAAGAUGAAGAUCGUGUCGUCGCCUGAAGUUGCUCGCGACCUUCUCUUUGCCCUCAUCAGUCCCGAGACUCCACUGAUUGGACACGGACUGGAGAAUGACUUGAACGCCGUUCGCAUCGUCCACCCUACUGUCAUUGACACCGUUCUUCUCUACCCUCACAAGCAUGGUCUUCCGUACCGCCUUGGCCUGAAGAUGCUGAUGGACAGCCUUCUCAACCGUAAAAUCCAAGUUGAGACGGCUGGCAAGGUUCAGGGACAUGACAGUGCGGAAGACGCCCGGGCUGCGGGAGAUCUCGUGCGCCUGAAGCUCUCGGAAGAAUGGAAGAGCAUGAAGCUCAAAGGUUGGAAACUCGAGGGUGGUGGGUUUGUUCCGCCUGGCGGCAAGGUGAAUGAUUUCAAUGGUCACUUGACUGCCGAGUUCCUUGAAUCUGCCCUUUAG